UAUAAUCUAUACACGGAAGUGAGUAGGCUAAAUAAAAUUGUUUCCAAAUUAGAUCUAGAUCUAUAUUAUACGAUCCUGCUUACGACAUAAAAUCAGAGAACUGAAUAGACUUUAUAAACUGUAGAUCUCUAUAUAGGUGACUAGGUCUAGAUCUAUCUCAUCAUGUCUUAUGGAUAUGGGCAGCAAGCAGGCUAUGGCCAGCCAGCUGGAUACAAUCAAGGAUAUGGACAGCCAGCACCUCCACCAGGUGUGGAUCAAAACUUUCUAUCAGGAAUUUUUCAGAGUGUGGACAAGGAUAAAAGUGGACAUGUAAGUGCUGUAGAACUUCAACAAGCACUAGGGAAUGGCACUUGGACACCUUUUAACCCAGAGACUGUAAGAUUAAUGAUAGGCAUGUUUGAUCGGGACAAUUCAGGCACCAUCAACUUCCAAGAGUUUGUCUCCCUGUGGAAGUAUGUCACUGACUGGCAGAAUACAUUCAGGUCUUAUGACAGAGAUAACUCAGGCUCCAUAGACAAGACAGAGUUGAAAACUGCUCUAACAAGCUUUGGAUAUCGUCUCUCUGAUCAGUUUUAUGACAUUUUGAUUCGUAAAUUUGACAGACAAGGUCGUGGAACUGUAGCAUUUGAUGACUUUGUUCAGUGUGCUGUUGUUCUCCAGACCUUGACAAGUUCUUUUAGGGCCUUUGACACAGACCAAGAUGGGUGGAUCCAAAUCUCCUAUGAACAGUUUUUAACUUUGGUUUUUAGCCUCAGAAGCUAAUAUUACACAAUUUACAAAGUGUACCUAAUAAAUGCUGGACGUAUAAAAAAAACCUUAAAGGCUUUAAAAGUCUUCUCAUAUAUGUGAGCUAAGCUGCGGUUAAGGACCACAAGUUAGUGUUAGGAAACAGAAAAAAAAACUUUAAGCGUGGUGGCUGGUUUUGAUAAUUACCUGGAAUCAAUUUUAAACAUUAAAUGCUGAAUUAUUUAAUUAAAAUUUUAACACUUGUUAGCAUUGGAAUCUCUUCCAUCACACAGUAUACAUAACUCUAUUCCCUACUCGUGGUCCUUUUUCUCACCUUUGGCUGCUUCAUUUUCUCUAUUUUCAAAGUGCAUACCGUAUUUUUAAGAGUGACCAUUAAAGCGCACACCUCAAUACCCGUUAUCACAGUUAUUAAUUCCUAUACAUUUGAAUACAAAUUAAGUUUAUUUGUUAUUAAAAUAAGAUUUUUCUGAAAGUUCAUCCAAGAAAUACACUUUUAGUUGUCAUUUUGUUUUGUCUUUUUAGUGUUGCAAACAACAAAAAAAAAAGAUUUAUUUUCUGAAUCUCAGAACUAUGUCUCAGAGUACAGUUUGACUUUAAAAGAAAUAAGGUCCAAAUAAAUUGAAAAAUAUUUAUUUAUUAUAUUUAUUUAUUAGAAGGUCAAAACUUUUUUUUUUAAAUCUUUAUUCUUUAACCCUUUAGGUUAGUAGAGGUAUAGAGCCCAAUUCCAUAUGUAGCAACAAUUCAUUUCGAAUUUAUUUUGCAGAAAUAUUUGCAAUUCUUAUAUAAGCCAUGCAAAGAUCAUUGUUUCUAUAUUAAGGUAUUCAAAUUCAAUUUGUUAUAUAUUCUUUUUUUUUUUUUUAACCAAUUGAUGUGUAAAUUCAUCAUAUUUCAUUUUUGUACAAUUCAGCUCAUUAUUCUGUGAAAGUCUAUGCUAAAUGUUGUACACUUGUUUUUUAAACAAAUACAUUUACUGAUAUAAUCUAGUGUUCAUUUGAUUAAAAGGUCUUGUCAGAAAUUGUUUAAAGGCAUGAAUAUUUCAAAGUUUUCAUUAUCAAAUACUAUAGAGAUUUCAAUGAACUCACUUUUUUAACAUUUAAAUAAGGGAACACUGUGAAUGUAAGACUUGUCUUUGCCAUCAGUUUAAAAUUGCCAAACAAAAUGUGAAUCCAUGAGUCUGUGAAAAGCUUUAAUCAAGAAAAAUAGGAAAUGACAAGUCAUAUAUUUUAGUAGAUAUUUGCUGUUAGUAUUUUACUGAAAAAUCAUUUGAUUUUUUUCAUUCUGUGAAUUUAAAGAAAUAAAAUGUUUAUUUCUAUG